CAGAUGAUGAAGGAGAAGCUGGAGGAGAUGAACAGACACAUCUCAGCUCUUUCACACACAAUCAAAGACACGGAGGAGAUGAUGAAAGCCAGCGAUGCCUGCUUUCUGAAGGACUUUAGCAUCACGAUGGAAAGAGUCCAGAUCUCACAGCCGGAUCCACAGAUGAGUUCUGGAGCUUUGAUUCAUGUGUCACAUUACUUGAGUGACCUGCGGUUCAGAGUCUGGAAGAAGCUGCAGGAAACUCUCCAACACACUCCGCUGACUCUAGAUCCAAACACAGCAGCUCCUUGGCUCACACUCUCUUCUGAUUUGACCAGUGUGUCCUACAGUGAUGUAUAUCAAAAUCUUCCUGAUAAUCCAGAGAGGUUUGACAG